AUGAGCGCGAUAACGCUAGUCGAGAUUGCCGAGAUGAUAGCCAACGUCUCUAGACAAGAAUAUGUCGCCGACUUCCUCAAGCACCAAGUAUCGAGUCUCAAUUCGAGAGAGACGUGUUGGCCCCAAUCAGGUGUUUCUGGCCUUCUAUACCUGUUACGCGCGAACCUAUCCGAGACGCAGUCAUGGAACAACAGUUAUAUAGAACAGGGUCCAUACCAUUUCAACAGCUCUGGAAACACAUACACUGUGGACUUUGCUAAGAAAGAGUAUAUUGUCAACGGCGUGGAUCAAGAUUCGUAUAUCACCUUGUCUUACGUUCAUGGGCUGAGCAUGAUUAUUGCCUUCUUCUUGGUGUACCCCAUUAUCUUACUGAUGGAGUCGAGUACGGUGCUUUGUGAUCUUAUCAAUCGACCAGUAGCAAAGAUAACAGUUCAGAAGUGGGAGUCAGCCCUACGAAUCCUCGUCUUUACACCUCUCGUCGUCGCGGGUUUAGUGACGGGAAUCCUCGGGAUGGGCUCAUCAGAUCAUUUUAGGACAGAACAUGGGGUUAUCGGAAUUAUCACAGUAGUCUUUGCAGGCUUCGUAUCUAUCCUAUUCUUCUUCGGUUGCUGCUUCGACAACCGUCUGCGUCGAACGGCACGCGGUAUGCGCUGGCUUCAGAAUAUUCACUACUUCGACAUGUUUGUCUGCCAAGUGAUUCUCAUGCUAUCUGGUUUCGUACUCACAGACGGCUUUGAUGAUCUCUCAGUUAUGGGGUUAUGCUAUAUCCAGAUUUCAACAGCGUGGUCAGUUUCGCUUGGCAUGAUUGCAGCGUUUGUGUGGAAUAGUGCUAUGGUUCUGAUGACAGCCCAGUGGUUUCUUGUACGUAGAGCCAGACCGGAACCUGUUUCUACUGGCGUCCCGGCGGGUGUCAAGAUGUGGAGAUUUGUGAGGUUGUGGAAGAAGAGAGAUGUGAGGGAGGAGCAGGAAAUGGGGUCUCUGUCUGAAACUUGCGAGGCAAGAAUGGAAUCAAUGGAUUGA